UCACUGUAGUUGAGAUAAAGAAGGAAGCCCGUAGGUCUCGCAGUCAAAAGCCCAACCCACCUAGAGAUACUCAAAUCUUCACCACCACCUCUAGCCUCUUCCUCUGAUUCCUCUCUACUUUCUUAGCAGAGGGUGUAACCGCCGAUCAGCAAACUCCAUGAAUCGUCAACGUCGGCAUAGCUCCAAUCCUCAUCAAUGGCGUUGAGAUCAACUGGACGGAAGUUCUCAUUUGACAUUCUCUCAACUUCCAUCCUAGAUGAAGGCUGCGAUUACGAUUCCUCCAUCAAUUCGACUUGCCUCCAAUCUAAUUCCGAUUCCUCUUCUCAGAUUCUUCCGAUCGAUGAUGCCACAAGCCCUAUCGGAAAUCGCAAGAGGAAGAAGAAAAGGAAGAAGCAUAAGAGAAUCACGGAACAUUCCGCGAUUUCAGAAGACGAGCAGCUAGACCGCCUAUUUCCCGUCGGUGAAUUUAAAGGUUACUGUUACAGUAUUUCUCAAAGCAGUAGUGUUGUGGUGUGUGAGGAUCAUGAGACGCUGCCGCCGCCAAUGCCUCACAGCAAUUGUUUAGUGAGUUCAGUUACUGGACUUCCGUUUGGGGAGUUGAGACAGAGAAAUGUAAUGGUCAAUGGAGUGACUGAAGAGAGUGUUGGAUCACCACAGAUUGCCGAGAAAGAAAGUGAAAGUGUUAAGGAAUUGGAUCCAAUGCCAAACUCGAGAGUUGAAGUGAAUUUGAAUAUGGAUGGGACUGCAGGGAGGAGUUUGGAAAAGGAAAUGUCUUUAGAUUGGAAGAAGUUGAUGGCUGAAGAUCCCAAUCAAACAUUUCCUGUGGAUAAGUCACCAGUGAAGUGCUUCAUGGAAGAGAUGUAUGCUGGUAAUUCUUUAAGGAGUACGGUUGCCCUUGGAAAUGAGAAAGAGCGGGAAAGAGUUUAUGAUACUAUAUUCCGCUUACCAUGGCGAUGUGAGCUGCUUAUUGAUGUUGGUUGUUUUGUCUGCUUGGAUUCAUUCCUUUCACUGCUAACUGUUAUGCCAACGAGGUUAAUCAUGAUCUGUUGGAGGUUUCUGAAGACAAGGCAGCUCAAGAAACUUUCCGCAGUUGAGCUUUCUGAUAUUGGCUGUUGUGUCGCCCUUGCUAGUGGAGCGAUUUUGUUGCAACAAACAGAUAUCAGCCUAAUCUAUCACAUGAUUCGUGGUCAAGGAACAAUCAAGCUUUAUGUGGUUUACAAUGUGUUGGAGGUUUUUGAUAAACUGUGCCAAAGCUUUGGUGGAGAUGUGAUGCAGACUCUUUUUAAUACAGCAGAAGGGCUUGCAAAUAGCUCAACUGAAAGUAUGCAAUAUUGGAUUAGAAGAUUUAUUGUGGAUGAAGUUGUAGCUGUGGUUUCAUCAAUUGUUCAUUCUUUCAUCCUGCUAGCUCAAGCCAUCACUUUGUCAACUUGUAUAGUUGCCCACAACAAUGCAUUAUUUGCUUUGCUUGUAUCAAACAAUUUUGCGGAAAUAAAGAGCAACGUAUUCAAACGCUACAGCAAAGAUAAUGUUCACAAUUUAGUAUAUUAUGAUUCAGUGGAGCGGUUCCAUAUUUCAGCAUUUCUCUUAUUUGUCUUAGCUCAAAACCUUCUGGAGGCCGAUGGACCUUGGUUUGGAAGUUUUAUUUGUAAUGCACUCGUCGUCUACAUAGGUGAGAUGACAAUUGAUAUCAUCAAGCAUUCAUUCAUCGCAAAAUUUAACAACAUCAAACCAAUUGCGUUUUCAGAAUUUCUUGAAGAUCUCUGUAAGCAGACACUGAAUAUUCAAACUGACAAUGUAAAGAAUAACCUCAGUUUCGUCCCUUUGGCACCUGCUUGUGUGGUAAUCCGCGUGUUGCGUCCUGUGUUUGCAGCUCAUCUUCCCUAUAAUCCGCUGCCGUGGAGGUUGUUUUGGAUUUUCCUUCUAUCUGCAAUGACGUUUGUUAUGCUUGCAAGCCUUAAAGUAAUGGUUAGUAUUGGCCUCAAAAAGCAUGCUAGGUGGUAUAUAAACAGGUGCCAGAGGAGAAAACUUCAUAGCGACUAAGGUAUGAUAUCAUGGUGAAGCUGCAUUCUUUGCUCAGAUAUGGAGAUCUCCUUUUCAUGAGAAGUCUAGGAGGGUUGUGGGGGCAGAGGGCGGGCCUGGGAAGGUCGGGUGAGAUCUGGUUGGAAAUGUCUAUACUGCUCUCAGCACGCAGCAGCGAGAGCUCCGAGUUUCCAAUUAUCGUGCAGCAGGAUGCACUCUAUGGAAGUAUUUACGUUAGAUAAUCAGAUGGGCCGUACUCAAAUUUUUGCAUAGGGAAAGGAUCCAUAUAAUGAGGAGGAAGUUAUAUUGAUAAUGUAUCUCAUCUGCAGUAUAUUUUAAAUCUUCUCCAAAAAUUGGAUAUUUCAGAAAUUACUUUCGAAAUAAAUGUUGUCUGAAAUUUUCUGAACUUCCUCGGUAGAUUCAGAAAAGAUUGAAUGUAUUUCUUACCCCACAGCUUCGUUGCUUUUCUAUUUGGUGAAUACGGUGGUGUGGAUUCUUAAUACUUGUAUGAAUUAGUAUUCUGAAUCCUUAUAGUAAGCUUUUUGUCAACUGAACUCUUAAACUCAAUAAAACUCAACAUUUUAAUUUUC